UUCAUCAGCAAGCAGCUGUUCUCACCAGCCGGUUGCGCCAUGAACUCACCCCGCGCAUGGUGGCAACUGCCGGAUGGGGAUGGGGAUGAUGAUCAUGGUGAAGAGGCGAAGGUUCACAUUCUUGCAGAGCCUGGCACACCGGCUCGUUCUCAAAGCAGUGGCACUGGAACGGAAGGUCUCGCCGAAGGGUGGCAAUCCCUGCGGCUUGCCAGCAGCACCAUGAGAUCAUCCGAGAUGAAAUCCAAGCCGAAGCGCUUUCAGCAAGUGCUCAACCAGUGGAUUCGGCGACCGCCCGAUCGUGAGCGGCUGCACCGCCUGGCCAAGCCGGUAAGGCGGAAGACACAGGAAGCCAGCUUUGAGCUGACGCUGGUGCAUCCCAACAGGACCUUUGAUACGACCCGUCUCGUUGAGUUGGCGGCGCCCAAGCAGGAAAAGAAGCCAGUCCCAUUGGCUCCGCAGCUCCGGCGGCCCUUAAACCUGAUCCGACUCAAAGAGCUUGCAGAACCGCAGUUGCGGCGGCGACCAGAGAAGACCAUUGAGAUCGCCAGCAGGCUCAGGAGAAGUGGAAGUGAAGUGCACUUUAGUUGUACGUCUCAGCACCUGAGUAGACUCAGGACCGUAAAAUCAGGCAUCUGAAAGGGUCCAGCACCUGGCCUGU